AAAUAGAUCCGACUCGCAUGAAUGAUUCACGAAUUCGACAUACCGUGUCUUCUAAAGUGUCGCAUCCUAUCGUUCACAUGGAUUACACGUAUGAAUUACAAAUAAACUAUCCUUGUUUGAUUUAUAACAUGACCAGGGCCUUGCUGCAGUCUCACCUGUGCGCCACAUAAGCACGAGCCCUCCUUCUUGCACUGCCACGUCAUUCGCCGCCGUCGCGCGCAUCCCUGGGAGACUCGACGCUUCUGUCCGCGAAACCGGUUGGUGGGAGAAGAAACGGAUAAUAUUCUCACCGCGGACACGGAGCGGGUACCAUGGGGGGAUCACAGAGCGUGGAAAUUCCAGGUGGUGGUUCGGAGGGCUAUCACGUUCUCAGAGUGCAGGAGAAUUCCCCAGGUCAUAGAGCAGGUCUUGAACCAUUCUUUGACUUCAUUGUGUCCAUCAACAACAGUAGACUGAACAAGGAUAAUGACACGUUGAAAGACGUACUGAAGGCUAGUGUUGAAAAACCCGUGAAGAUGCUGGUGUACAGCAGCAAAACCCUGGAGCUGCGGGAAGCCACCGUUACUCCCAGCAACAUGUGGGGCGGUCAGGGUCUUCUGGGGGUCAGCAUCCGCUUUUGCAGCUUUGAGGGAGCCAAUGAAAACGUCUGGCAUGUUUUGGAUGUGGAGCCAAAUUCUCCAGCAGCAUUAGCAGGUUUAAGACCACACACGGAUUACAUCAUCGGAGCAGACACAGUCAUGAACGAGUCAGAGGACUUAUUCUCAUUGAUAGAAACCCACGAGGGCAAAGGCCUGAAACUCUACGUCUACAACACUGACACGGACAACUGCAGAGAAGUGGUCAUCACGCCCAACGGUGCCUGGGGUGGAGAGGGCAGUCUUGGCUGUGGUAUCGGCUACGGUUACCUGCACAGAAUCCCUACUCGACCUUUCGAAGAAGGGAAGAGAAUCAGCUUCCCUGGACACACCCCCAGUGAACCAGCCAGCCCACUGAAGGACGGCUUCACAGAGGUUCAGCUGUCUGCAGUAACUCCGCCCCCUGUGUCACAGCCUUUUCCCACUGGGCUUGAGGACAGUCUGUCCGGCCUGUCACUCAGCUCUGCCCCGUCCUCAAUACCCAGUGAGCUCCACACAGGUGUUCCUACAGUGCCCCUGCUGCCCACUCAGGUGACCCCGGGGCUGGGUCCCCUCCCCAUUGUCAACCCCUCCACCACCGUACCAGGUUUGAUGUCUUUACCGGGUGGCCUCCCUCCCCUGCCAAACUUGCCUAACCUCCCUAACCUUAAUCUACCAUUACCUCACCUGAGUGCUGUAUCUUUAGCUGGAAUCAGUGGGUUGCCUCCCACAACAGCAGGUUUGCCUCCUCUUCCUCCUCUGAACCUGCCUGGCAUCUCUCCUCUGCCCAUGCACACCAUUCUCCCUUCCACACUUCCCAGCAUGCCCGGGGUGACGCUGCCAUCUUCCCUGGCACCGUCUGACCACAUCUUGCCCGUCUCCUUAGCAUCCGUGCAUACUCCAGCGCUCAAACUAGAUGCCACGUCCAACCCUGCGGUCAAAGACAUGACCUCAGAGAUGCCUGUUGCCACCGAGACCCUCCUAAAGCAGACGAAUGCGCAGACAGCCCCAGAGUCCUCCUAAUGGUCCGAGCGGGGCCGGAGGGCGUCCCUCUGUACGUCUCUAUUGUAUUUAUUCCAGUGUGCAAACACACACACACACACACACAGAGAUAAACGUGGUUCUGAGAGACGCCAGCAUCAGAGUAAUGAGCGUGUGGAUGGACGUCUAAUAUUAAAAAAUACAUUUAAACAAGAGACCAUAUGUGCGGUUUGUGUGCUCUUCAGAAUCUGUUCCGACUCGUGCUUUUUCUUUCUGUAUAUCCUGUAAUCAACUUUAAAAUCUUAGUAUAGCAUUCCAUAUAUGACCAAUUGCUAUGUGAUUUUACAAUUUAAUGUCUGACUUUAUUUCCCUCUCAUUCUUUGCACCGUUUCGAAUGCUUUGAUUUCUUCAAACUCUUCUUCUCAUGGUCAGACUGGGCUCUGGGCCUCUGUUUCUCUCUCGCGUGUGCACACACACUCUCUGUAUGAUGGCUCUGCUGUCAUGAUGAACGGAAACACAGUUAUAAAUGUGCUGCAGGGCUGAAUGUGUGCUUGUGCAGUUUGAAGAUUGUCAAGGAAUCUCGUAUUCAAACAUACACAAGCAAUAAACUAACCAUUUUACACUA